AUGCUGAGCGUCUUGCUGCUCCUCUCUCUGCUCCCCUUGAGCGACGAGACACGCGGAGCAGAGCCCUCCCCAUGCUCAGCCUUGCUGCGCCUCCGAGGAGGAGGGAGCGAUGCGUUGAAGGAGGUGAAGUCCGCCAUGCAGUCUGGUUACGUGAGCUCGAUGGUGUUCUCGGACGAGGAUGAGGUGGUGUCAGAGGACAUAGUGCCAGUGCAGGUGCUGCCUGUGGGGUACGAGAACAGCUCGAGCCUAGAGAGGGAUCUAAGGGCAUCCAAGAACAGGCACGAAGAAGUUCGAAGCUCUCUGCCUUCAGUAUCUCAAAGUGUCUUGCCAGGAAGAGAGUACUUGGCAGCGAUUCGAAGGGAGUAUGAGGAGUCCGACGCUGUGGAGGCGCAAGCCAUCAGAUCGCUCAUUCUCGACAAAGAUGGAUACAUCCCCAAGGCGUUGUACGGGCAAGAGAGCGGAGCAGCGUCCAAGGAGGAAAACGAGUUGAGCAAUGGUGACUUCCCGAGUAACUCCGCAAACACAACCAAGUACCAAAUGCCAAGGGCUCCAACAGCAGCAGCUCAGUUCAAGCCGGAGAUGAUGGAUUCAUUUGGCUCGCACGCGACGAAACCUCGUGCCUGGGAACCUUUCAAGCCAAGUAGCGUACUCCCCGUGCUGGAGGAACUCAACAUCCGGCUUAGAUGUGUCAGCAAAGAGAAGAUAGUGAUGAUCGCUGGAGAGCUGUUCGAGCAGUUGAUUCGAAUGAGAGAAUCGGUGAUGGAGUGGGAGAUUGAUAUAAGAAGUGUCUUUCAUCGUCUGCUUCAUACUUGUUCCUUAUGGCGUGUGAAGUUGCUAAAGCAACUGGCAGAAGCUGAAGCAGACAACUGUCACCCCUUGAUCGAACGAGUCGCAGCAUUUGACCUGGUCACGAUUACUUUGAAUUCGAUGCUGAGAGGCAACGAGACAAGAACGUCGUUCGAGUCUCCCUGGAUUCUUGACAGCAUCGCUAAGACAAAAAGAUCGACCAAGCAGCGCAAGUAUCGCUCCUCAAGGAAGGAGCAUGCGCUUCCGGGCAUGAAGGAUCUCUCAGCCUGUUGUUGGGAUACUGAAGUGAUCUGUCGCAACGCUAGUAAGAGUUGCUACAGCGCUGGCGGUUCUGACGGUUCUGACGGAGCUCCAGAAAUUUCAGAAGGAGGUCGCAUUGUGAAGAUCGUGGGGGAAGGAACUGUCCUUGUCCAAGAGCCGCCAGAGCAACUCUCAGCAGAGAGGAGGAUGGUUUUCAUCUAUGCCCAAGACAUCCAAAGCAAAGACGCAUUUGUCGGGGUCGUGAACCUCAAGGCUUGCAAGAGUCUUGGCGCCGAUCGUUACCUCCCGGAGAUCGGGUACGGCGUGCGCGGCGGCAGCAGCAGGAACGGUCGGUUGAAGAGCACGCCGCAGUACCUCAAGGGGUCUCGCACGGUGGAGCGCGACUUCUUCGUCUCAAACUUUCGGACGGGACAAAUCAUAUGCUUGCUCCUUGACAAAAACACCAAAACUCUAGAUUAUUUCCUCGAUGGAAAGUUCCAGGGCACCGUGUUCAGCGACUUGCAGGUCGAACAGCUCAGGCAGGGGUCAAGCGAAUUUGCUGUAGUCGGCUGUUUCAUGUAG